UCGCGCAAAUUCGGAGCCAUGGACGAAAGUGUCAAUUUGAAGUUGAUCACACACCUUUUGAAUGUACCGCCUAGUCGACGUGUUCUCUCUGAAGUUGCUGUUAGCGCGUCAUCAAGACAAAUACAUUUCUUACUGGCCUGUCCGAGGAGUGGAUCGACUCUUCUGAUGCGGGUUCUUGCACAAGCACCUAACUGCGAUCUGGCUAGUCGCGUUGCUCUCAAAGGCAACGGUUUGACUGACACAGACCUGAUUCUAGCCUAUCCAGACACAGUGAUCGCCUAUCAACGAACGACGGAGGAGGAGUCGAGAAACGUAACAGCACGAGAUACCCCAACAUUCACAGCUUUGCCUCUACCGAUCGACUUUACGGUCGCAAGGCCUGCCUUCUUGAUCCGCGACCCCGUUCGAGUCUUUGACAGUUGGAAACAGCAGGGCUGGACAGACUUCCAGACUUUCCUCAACUGCUUUCAGCAUCUCUUCAGUUCGUUAGAUGAGCAUCUUUCCCUGCCCCAUGUUCUAGUUUAUGAAAAGCUUGUUCAAAAUCCGGCUGCCGAAGUCUCUCGACUGUGCGACUACUGGGGACUUGAAUACACGGCGAACAUGACUACCAUCAGCAAGGCUUUUCCAGACUUCUCAAUCAAUGCUGAGCGUGAAAAUGGGCUUAAUGCCAUAGAUCCUCCGACCAAACUGUUCGACACAGUGUUAUCAAGUUCUCAGGUGGACUCCAGCAUCACCUCGCACGGCACUCUUUCCAACCAAGAAAUGUACGAUAUCGAACAACAACUCGGUCAUCUCUACCUCAGAUGCUGGAAGUCUGAGAUCAAAACCAUUCGCACUAAGUUAUUGCAAGCCAAGUGGUUCGCCUUUGACCUUGACGACACCCUCCACGAAUUCAGGCGCGCCUCAACCACGGCAAUCGACGCCGUACUUUCUGCCAUUCUCUCCGAAAUACCUGAAACCCCUCAAAUCAGUUUUGACAAUCUGAAAUCAGCAUAUUCCAAAGUCCUCGCCUCCAAAACGUCCUCCGCCUUCAUCGACGGCAAAACUUCGCACGAGUACCGCGAGGACCGCAUCCGCUCCACUCUCGUCGCCUUCUCUAUAGACUUCAACUCCGAGCAGAUGUCAAAAUGGGUCUCGCUCUACGAAACGUCUCUGAUAGCAAAUCUCGAGCUAAAGUGCGGCGUUGUCGAUCUAUUCACAUCUCUGAAAUCCCUCGGCAAGAACAUCGCCAUCAUCACGGAAGGCCCACAGGAUUCCCAAGAACGCACGAUUGCUCGGCUCGGUUUAACGGGGUUUGUGGAUUUUUUGGCAACGACUGGCGCGUUUGGGGUAUCGAAGACUGAGGGAUUGUUCACAAAGGUUGUGGAGAAACUCGGACCUGGUAGUGGUAGUGACUUUGUCAUGGUUGGGGAUAAUUUCGAGAGAGAUGUUAGACCUGCGCGUGAAGUGGGUAUGUAUGGUGUGCAUUAUACUGAGAAGAUGAAUUUUGGGGCUGGGGAUGAGGUUCUGAGAAUUAAUACGCUGAAGAAGUUGGAGUUUAUGCUGGUGCAGGUGUAA